AUGACGACUCAAAUCAGCGACAUGUACGAACCAGAGGGCGAAAUGAACAUUCCCGAGCUACAACAGAACCUUCGCCAAAAGUACCGUAACGUUGGACCAAAAGUGGAGCGGAUCUGGCGAAACUUCACCCCGAAGCAACGCGAGGAGGCCAUGCGUGAGACGGUGGGCGAUGGCAAAGUUCUCAAAAACUCCCGCGAUCCGGGUCUGUCCGGACUGAAAGACUUCCUCCCAGAUUGGAAUCUCGAAGAUAUUACAUCAACCCCGGAGUUUUUCCUGGACCGCUUGAAGUUCCGUGUGGAAGCCGACUUGCAUCGGCAACACUUUGAAGGCGUCAAUGGAGGACCAGGCGAUCGUGAGAUCAUCCAGGCUGGCGCUCGGAAGAUCAAUGACGGCCUCGAGGAUCAGUAUGCUGCAUUCUUCAUCGAUCUUGGCAAGCAUUACGGCAGGUGGGCGAAAGCGAAUGGAGCUGAAGGACUGCGUGCUUUCGAAAGUAUGGCGGCUCGGACGGGCCUCGUUGUCCCGGCUAACGAGGCACGUCUCCUUAUCAGCAGGCAGGAAACGACAUUCAUCUUCUAUAAUACUCUCAUUGAAGACAUUCUGGAGAUGGAUUCCGAUAGUAGAACUACAGACAGAUCUUCAGUCAGGAAGCCGACCAAGCAGACAGUCAACGCAAUGGCCAAUUUGUCUAUUGCGCCGAAGCCACUGAAGGUCUCCAUAGCAGAAGUCAUCGCCGAGGCAWCAGAGCAGAAGGUGGUAGCAGAGGAUUAUCUAGAGCUCCUCCGCAGCGAACCAGUCGUUCUAAACCAUGCUGUCAACAUGACAAACAGUAGCCGACCGGAGCUCGUCCCUGACGAUCGAGGCCGUAUCCUGCCAAUGUUCACCGACAAGUACAUUAGCAUCGCAUUCUUCGAGGUCAUGUGUAAUGCAGUCAAGUCCAUCGUCACAUGGGAAUACAUCGUCCGUCUGCUUGGUAUGCUGGAAGGAGAAGGUAUGAACGACAAGAUCAGACGGCCAUUACUCGCCCAGGAGCUUUCAAAUGCAUGCCAUAUGGAGUACCGCCGCGCCCAAUCUAUGUUCAGACGUCAAAUGUCCUGCCCCUUUGGCGUGGCUUCCAAGAGCUUCAGGCGUGUAACGACGGGUAACACAUGUAAGCUUGCCAUUAAAGGCCAGCCCUCGGAUCAUACCGUAUCCAAUCCUCAACUGCACUACAUCCUCCGUCUUUGUCACCCGGACACAAACCACAAGGAUGCGGCACAAUGGAUUCAAAAGCUCGAUCAGCAUAACACAAGGCACUCGGAUGAUCUACAGAGGCUUACUGCGGAUCAAAUCCUAGCGCUCGGAGAUCUGGCAAUCAUCGUGAGCUUCAUGCAUACCUUGUCUACUUCCAUGACAAUGGUAGCUGGGUCGAAGAAGCUUGGUCUGUUGUUUACGGGAAGGACGGCGGAUCUGGAUACCGAGUUGACUCAGUACAAGGCAGAAGCUGAUUUUGGUGACCACUUGGUGCCUUCGGACAACCUCUUGGAACCAGGUACAGCUGGCAAUGCCCUACAAGCGCUUGAUGAGUUUAUACUUGAGCGUGCUGGAGCAAGUCUGGGGUCCUUGUACGAGGAUGUGCUGCGCGAAUGUAUAGGCGACGUGGAGAAGAAGUGUGCCGACGUGAAGCUCCGUCUUGAGAAAGACAAACAGCACCAACAGCAGCAAUACGUCCCAUUAAAAGCAGAGGAGCCGAAACCAGCCAGUUUCCGCGCAGAGCAACGACGAGAGAAAGCGAAGACACGACCAGUGGAUGAGAAAAGCGCCUACGACAUCACAGCCAUUACGCCCUCACAAAUCGCCGCAGAGCCCGCUCCGCAGCUCAAAGUCAAAGCAUCCACAGCCGCAGUCUUCGCCACCCUCUUCACCAAAGACCAGGCCCGUGGCUCGGUCUCCUGGGCAGAUUUCGCUGGAGCAAUGGCGGAUUUGGGAUUUAGCGUCACGCCCAAGUAUGGCUCCGUUUUCACGUUUCACCCUCCGGAGUCGAUGGAUGCUUCUCGUUCUCUUACGCUGCAUCGUCCGCAUGCUUCGGAGAUUGAGGGGUUUAAGUUGUUGAUUUUUGCUAAGAGGUUGCAUAGGAGGUAUUGCUGGAGUGCUGAGACGUUUCUCGUUGAGUAG